AAACUAAAAUUAAGUCCUUGCAAAUGUGAAACGCAAUAAUUUUGUUUAACUCGGUCAAAAGUAUAAUUCUUAUCAUGUUUGUUAAUGUAUUACAGUCAAAAUAUCUGUACGGAAUUUAUUUCAUUUUUUCUCGUGAAUUUUUUUAUGAAUAGUUCUACUUAGUCUGGAAUAGUCUAUUAAAUUCAAUUCUUCCUGUAUUCUGUUUAACGUUUAUUUAGAAUACUAUUACCUAUAAGUAACUGUUUGCCUCCUCCCUACCCAAAGGUGCACUGUUAUGCUGCAAUCGUGUUUAAAAAUGAAGUCGGGUAACAAUGCAAAACGAAUAGUUUAUGUGUUAGCCAAUAGAGCUUACUCCAGGAAGUCUCGACGUGACAGGGAAAUUAGAGGAGAAGAGUUAUUAGAACAGGAAGAUGAGCUCGUUAUGAAAAUUGAAGAUUCUGAAUUCCGAACAAAUCCUAAUUGGCAACUACUACCAAGGCAUAAAGAUAGCCAGUUCAAAUUACCUAACAAUGUGGGUAUUGCGUCUGAGGACUGCAUCAUAACCACAAGACUAAAUUAUUAUACUCAAGACUGCCCAAUCCUCUUAAAAUCCGAAAUCACUGAGCGAUUCAAUGUACCUCAUUUGAAAAAUUUCAGUCUCUGCAUGAUUACAAUCAAUUUAAAGCAAACCUCUAAUACAAAUAUGUCAAAUUUAACAAGACAAUAUCUGCAUGCUGCUUUUGGUAUAAGUGAUCGUCUUCAAAGUGCUGGUUAUUGGGCUGAUUUCAUACAUCCUUAUACUGGACUUCCAGCCAUUAAUCCAGGACUCAAUAUUGAUUUUUCUGCUCUAGAAUUACCAUACAAACAUACUGUUUAUCAAGUCAAUACACGCAGAAAGUGCAAAGUGAUUGUAGAAAAAACGUCUCCUAAUACUAUUGGUAACUUAUUUACCAACGCCUUGCCUUCAAAAACCGAUGUUGUCGAGGAUAUUUUGGAGGAAGUUAGUGAUUUACAUCAAAAUAGCUAUGAUUGAAUUUUUCUUUCCUAGUUAAAAAUAUAACAUGAUGUCAUUUGUUUUUAAAUAUAUUAUAGAUUAUAUUAUAUAUAUAUAUUAGUUGUGAUACUUGUUUAACCUACAAAUAAAUCUAUUUAUAUAAUAUAACUUAUUAUUAUAUUAUUAUUUUAAAAAUCACAAUUGCAGACAAAUCUUAAUUCCUGUUAAUUAUUAAUUAUCCAAUUUUGUUUAUAAAUUAGUGUUUAGUUCUAACAAAUGUUUAUUAGUUGUAAUAAGGGAUAGGGGGUUUAUAUGAAUUGUUUUGUAUAUAUAUUUUUGCAGCGUCCCUUUACAAAUUUGGUUAGUCAACUUAUUGUCUCGUAUUGAUAUGACUAAUCUAUUUUUUAUUUUACAUAUUUUAACUAUAAUCAUGAUAAACUCAUGCUAAAUUUAAACAAAAUUGGUGUAAUAAGCUAAAUGCCACAUUACAUUACCCUCCUAAUUUAAAUUGAAUAAAAUCAGGUAUUUAGCCUGAAGAAAAAAAUGUAAUAUUGUAUUAAAAAUGCUAUUGAUUUAUUUAAAAAUAAGACUAACAAAAAUUAGUUAGCUUACAUAAAAAGUAACUUAAUCCAACCUGUUUUAAAAUUAUAUGACAAUUUUCUUUUCCUUAAUGAUGGUUGACAAUUUAUUGGUAACUUCAAUGUAUAAUUUAUUGUAUUUUUAUUGCAUACUUUAGCAUAUUUAUCUUUAUCAAAAUAAAACGAAUAUAUUAUCAUUUUAUAUUACUUUAAAAUCCUAACCCUAGUUAUAAUGAUUGUUUUGUCAAUUUUGAUUUGGUCUUAAGAAUAUGUUGGUUUUAUUCAUUACAUUUAAAUUGUGUGUACUGUGUAAAUAAUAUCAAUUGUAUAAACUCAACAAAUAUAAAUAAUUAUAGUUUUAAUAA